GGGCUUUCGCUCUCACUCGAACAGCCAUUACGGCCCAGAGCAGCGCUGCUGUUUGUCCGUCUGCGGCUGUCCGUGGGUCUGUGUGCUAAACAGACGCAGUGCUAACGUCUCUAAACUCUAGGACUAAUGACAUUCACUAUUCUUGGACUAUCUGGGAUACGCGCUGUUUGUACUAGAGUUUGAGGAGUCACUCCAAAAUGUCGUCGUUUCCCGCUGUACUCCUAGCCGAGAGCGUGUGAUGGCUGCGCUCCAGUGAAGCUAGUGAGCACGUUGACUCUGCUUCUGUCCGUUUUGCCCCAGGGACGCUUUUCUGCAACGUCUUUACCGGAAAUACAGUGACAUAUGGAGUGUACAUGAACACUGCUUUCAUUGGGAUUCUAACCGGGGAGGCGAUGUGGGGAUCAGGGCGGUGGCGCAGGGUCCAGCCCUGAGGAGCCGUGCUGCUGCUGGGAGGAGCGCGGCCCUCCUGCAGCCCUCCUCGGACGCUCCGGGACGCUCAUACUAAGAUGUCCCUCAGCAGCGGCUCUGCAGGCGGGAAAGGUGUGGACUCCAACGCGGUGGACACGUAUGACAGCGGCGAUGAGUGGGAUAUCGGUGUUGGAAAUCUGAUCAUUGACUUGGACGCCGACCUGGAAAAGGAUAAACUAGAGAUGUCGAGCAGCAAGGAUGUAGGGGCCAUGGGGGGACCGCCCAGCGCCGUGGCUGCUUUACCUGACAAUAUAAAGUUUGUUAGUCCUGUGACUGCCAUGCAAGGCAAAGAGAGCAAGUCCAAAUCCAAGCGCAGCAAGAACUCUAAGGACAGUGUUAAGGGCCCAGUCUCAGACGGAGCCAAAAAGGAGAUUCCGGCGCGGCUCCCUGCAGACCCACCGGCCCAAAACCCGAACUCUACCCCACCGAAGGGUAAUGACAAGUCAAGUAAACCCACCCGUAUCAUCCCCAAUAUAAAAAAGGACAAAGACGGGCUAACUGGGAAAAGUAAGAAGGACAAAAUAGAGGUCGCGGCCACAGGUGGGCUUGGCAUUGAGAAAGAGUCGGGGGGGCCCAGUGUGCCGUUUGGGUCCCCUCGGAGCGGCCCAUUCGAGGCCCAGCAAAACCCUGAACUUGUUGCAGCUGAGCAGCUGGGGAGUAUGGCACUGGACGCUGCAGGGAUUGGACAGACUGCUGCUAUGACAACAGAGCAGGACGAGAUGGACGCAGGAGAAUGUCGGAACCUGAAGAAGACGGUCAGUGGUGAGAAGAUGGAGUCUCCGGUCUCGACCCCUGCUGCUCUUCCUCUUCACCUCCUAACCCCCGUCACCAACAGUGACAUUUCGUCGUCCAGCGAACAGAUCAUGGUUCGCACACGCUCAGUAGCCGUGAACACGGCGGACGCAGCACUGGCGACAGAGCCAGAGUGUCUGGGACCCUGUGAGCCAGGCACCAGCGUCAACCUGGAGGGAAUAGUGUGGCAGGAGACGGAGGAUGGUAUGUUGGUCGUAAAUGUCACCUGGAGAAACAAGACCUACGUGGGAACCUUGUUGGACUGCACCAGACAUGACUGGGCCCCACCAAGGUUCUGCGAUUCUCCCACCAGUGAUGUGGAGAUACGGAGUGGCCGUGGUCGGGGGAAGAGGAUGCGUCCUAGCAGUAACACGCCGCUCAAUGACAACAGCAACUCCUCAGACAACAAAGGCAGCGGCAGCAGUAAGACCAGAGGAGCCGCGGCCAACAGUAAAGGCAGACGAGGGAGUCAGACCAGCGGCAGCGUGGAGGACGCCAAGGCCAGUCCCUCCUCCGCCAAAAGGAAGACCAAACCUGCUUCCGACAUGGAGCCCACGUCCAGCUCUGAGGACACCAAGGCGUCCAAACGCAUGAGAACCAACUCCACUGGUGCUGCACCCUCCCUCCCGGGAGGUAAAACAGAUCCCCUUCCUCCCCCACAGCUGGACCGCACCUGCCCCUCCCCCGUACUCAUUGACUGCCCUCAUCCCAACUGUAACAAGAAAUACAAGCACAUCAAUGGGCUGAAGUACCACCAGGCCCGAGCCCACAAUGAAAGUGACAUCCGAUUGGACCAGGAUGGAGACAGUGAGUACGGGGAUGACCCCACCCUCCACCCCGACCCUGCCUCCUGUAAUGGUGCUGCCAUCUCACCUGCUCGCUCCACGACGCCAAAAGGAAGAGGCUUCGACGUUCCCUCCCCUUCCUCAGGGAAGAUGACGUCAAAGGGGAAGAAGAAAGGAGGGGAGGUGGAGCCAGAGGGGACAGACGGGGGUGAGGAGGCCGCAUGUUUGACUGAUGAGGCCAGUAAUGAUGGUAUGGACGAUAGGAAGGCCAAGAAAAUGGUGAGUGGAGGAAAGCUCGACAAAGUGGCCCAAAAAGGCCUGAAGCCCGUUCGCCCUGUGGCCUCUGUGGGUCCCGGAGCGCCCUCACCCUAUGCCCUACAGGCUUCCUCCCCCUCUCUGGGCUCUGUGGUACAGUCCAUUCCUAAGAGCCCACAGCUGAAGAACAGCCAACCCAAGCCCCCUCCCCUGGUUGACCCCGCCUCCAGCCCCUCCCUCAACAAAGACAAGAAGAAGAAGGACAAAAAGAAGAGGGAGGGAGGCAAGGAGUGUGACAGUCCAAAGGCCUCGUGUAAGGCUGGGAGGCCAGAGGAGGGAAAAAGUCCGUACUCCGAUACGUCCGACGCCAUGCUCAAUGGCUCCACGGAAGCUCACCAAAGUCGCCUGGCCAGCAUCAAGGCAGAGGCCGACAAGGUUUACAGCUUCUCUGACAACGCGCCCAGUCCGUCCAUCGGUGUGGCCAGCAGAUUGGAACCUGGCGCCCCGGCGCCGCUUCACCUCAACCAGAAUGGAGCCGACAGCGCUUCCAUCAAAACCAGCAGCCCGGCCUACUCCGACAUCUCUGACGCAGGAGAGGACGGAGAGGGGAAGGCCGAGGGGGUGAAGGUGAAGACGGAGCCUGAUCAGGUUCCUCGUGAAGGUGCCAAGAAGGCUCUGUUCCCCCCGCAGCCCCCCAGUAAGGAGUCACCGUACUACUCCAACUACGAGUCUUACUACUCCCCUAGCUACACUAACCCCAGCCCUGGGGCGGCACAGACUGCAGCGCCUCACACCGAGGUAGCCCAGGUGAAGAUCAAGAAGGAGAAGGAGGAGGAGCUGGAGCUGGGGGAGGAGACCAAACUGAAGACUGAGCCUCAGGAGGAGAGGAAGGUGGAGCCGGGGCCUCAGCAACCCUCCGUCAUCCAGCAGCGCUCCAACAUGUACACCCAGCCUCUGUACUACAACCAGUACUAUGUACCGCCGUACUCCUACAGCCCGGACCAGGCCUACCACGCCCACCUGCUGGCCUCUAACCCCGCCUAUCGACAGCAGUACGAAGAAAGACAGCGACAGGUGGAGAGGAAGACCGAGAGCAAAGAGCGCGAAGGUCCUGGUAAAGAGGAGUGGAAGCAGAAGGCAUCGCUGCCCCCAACCCUGUCCCGGGCCCCCAGCCUUACUGACCUAGGUUCCAAGGGGGCGCUAAACCAGGGAAAAUCCAAAGAACCUCCACUGGCAGCGUCCUCUGAACAGACAAAGUCUGUCAUCAUGGCAAAGGAGGAGCCUAAAGGUCAGGUCAUCCAAUCUGAGGGUCUGAAGAUGAAGCUGAGUGAAGCAGGGCAUCAUGGGAAAGAGGAGGCCAAACCAGGAGUGGAGUCUGGAAGGCCUACAGGUGUAGAGUCCGCCAUGUGGUACAGACAGGAGCCCGACUCUCGCCUGUGGCCCUACGUUUACCCUAACAAGUACCCCGAGGCCCCAAAGCCGCAGGAGGAGGAGCGGUGGAAAGAGGAGAGGGAGAGGGAGCGGGAAAGGAAGGUGAAGGAGGAGCGGCCCCGGGUAAAGGAGAGCCUCCACAAAGAGGAGGUGAAGGAGGGAGCAGAGGGGAGGACACAGCUGCCUCCAGACGAGCACCGGGGGUCGCAUCCCCCACACAUGUCGUUCUCCUCACCUCUUGCUCAGCACCAGGGCUACAUGCCCUACAUGCAUGGACCUUACGCCUACAGUCAGGGCUACGAGCCCAGUCACCCCGGAUACAGAGGCAUGCCCUCCGUCAUGAUGCAGAACUACCCCGGAUCCUACCUGCCUGCUGGGUACUCCUUCUCCACGUACGGAGGGAAAGUGGCAACAGCAGGGGAGGAGGGGGAGAAAGCCUCCAGGUCCAGUCCCACAGUGAAGCCCCCCAGUGAGGCCAAAGCUCUGGACCUGCUGCAGCAGCACGCCAGUCAGUACAAGAGCAAGUCACCGUCAGUACAGGACAAGACGCCACACGAGAGGGAGAGGGAGGGAGACCGGCCGCGAUCUUCACCCUCACAGCGCAUUCUUCCUUCCCAUCAUCACCUGGGCUACCCACUGCUGUCUGGACAGUACGACCUGUCCUAUGCCUCAGGUCUCUCCUCCUCAGCCAUUGUAGCCAGUCAGCAGGCGUCUGCUCCGUCCAUGUAUCCUCCACCACGGAGGUGAGACUGGCCGACCUGAUUGGCAGCAGGGAAUCAUGUGACUGGAUCACAUGGGAAAAUAUUUCUGAUCCCACAUCAGUUCAAUGGUGUCUGUGUACGUUUGAUUUUUCUGCCCCGGUCACUGGAUCAGACUAAGAAUUGAACCGGGUCCAGACGGUGCUCCUGGUUCCACACACUGUUGCUGUUCAGAAUGUUUCCGAACAGUUCUGCCGGUUCUUCUAGUGCUGCUGGUUCCAGUUUGAGCUGCUGGUGCCAAGGUGAGCAGCAGAGAACUGGAGGACAGAGUGGACCCGGGGGGAGGAGCCGCUCUGAGACGAAGCAGGUGAUUGGUGGUGUUCUGGUGUGGCCUCGAGGUCCACUCUUUUUUUUUUUUUUCCUUUUUUUUUCUUGC